AUGAGGGGCCGGCGGGGCAGGCCGCCCAAGCAGCCCGCGGCUCCCGCUGCGGAGCGCUGCGCCCCGGCCCCGCCGCCGCCGCCGCCGCCGCCGCCCACGUCCGGACCCAUCGGGGGGCUCCGCUCGCGGCACCGCGGCAGCAGUCGGGGCAGGUGGGCCGCCGCCCAGGCUGAGGUGGCGCCCAAGACGCGGCUGAGCUCGCCCAGGGGGGGCAGCAGUAGCCGGAGGAAGCCGCCGCCGCCGCCGCCGCCGCCGCCGCCGCCGGCCCCCCCCAGCACCAGCGCCCCGGGCCGGGGGGGGCGAGGAGGCGGGGGCGGCAGGACAGGGGGCGGGGGCGGCGGCGGCCACCUGGCCCGGACCACCCCGGCCCGGAGGGCCGUCAACAAAGUGGUGUACGAUGACCACGAGAGCGAAGAGGAGGAGGAGGAGGAGGACAUGGUCUCGGAGGAGGAGGAGGAGGAGGAGGACGGCGACGCCGAGGAGACCCAGGAUUCCGAGGACGACGAGGAGGAUGAGAUGGAGGAGGACGACGAUGACUCCGACUAUCCGGAGGAGAUGGAAGACGACGACGACGACGACGCCAGUUACUGCACGGAAAGCAGCUUCAGGAGCCAUAGCACCUAUAGCAGCACUCCAGGUAGGCGAAAACCGAGAGUACAUCGGCCUCGUUCUCCAAUAUUGGAAGAAAAAGACAUCCCGCCCCUUGAAUUUCCCAAGUCCUCUGAGGAUUUAAUGGUGCCUAACGAGCAUAUAAUGAAUGUUAUUGCCAUUUAUGAGGUAUUGCGGAACUUUGGCACGGUUCUAAGGUUAUCUCCUUUUCGCUUUGAGGACUUCUGUGCGGCUCUGGUGAGUCAAGAGCAGUGCACACUUAUGGCAGAGAUGCACGUCGUGCUUUUGAAAGCCGUCUUGCGUGAAGAAGACACUUCCAAUACUACCUUUGGACCCGCUGAUCUGAAAGACAGCGUGAAUUCCACGCUGUAUUUCAUCGAUGGCAUGACGUGGCCAGAGGUGCUGCGGGUGUACUGUGAGAGUGACAAGGAGUACCAUCACGUUCUUCCUUACCAAGAAGCAGAGGACUAUCCUUACGGACCAGUAGAGAACAAAAUCAAAGUUCUGCAGUUCUUAGUCGAUCAGUUUCUCACCACAAACAUCGCCCGUGAGGAGUUGAUGUCUGAAGGGGUGAUUCAGUACGACGACCACUGUCGGGUGUGUCACAAACUCGGGGAUUUGCUUUGCUGCGAGACCUGCUCGGCGGUGUACCAUUUGGAAUGUGUGAAGCCGCCGCUCGAGGAGGUGCCGGAGGAUGAGUGGCAGUGUGAAGUCUGUGUAGCACAUAAGGUGCCUGGUGUGACUGACUGCGUUGCUGAAAUCCAAAAAAACAAACCCUAUAUUCGACACGAACCUAUCGGAUACGACAGAAGUCGGAGGAAAUACUGGUUCUUAAACCGAAGACUCAUAAUAGAAGAAGAUACAGAAAAUGAAAAUGAAAAGAAAAUUUGGUACUACAGCACAAAGGUCCAACUUGCAGAAUUAAUUGACUGUCUAGACAAAGAUUACUGGGAGGCAGAACUCUGCAAAAUUCUAGAAGAAAUGCGUGAAGAAAUCCACCGGCACAUGGACAUAACUGAAGACCUGACCAAUAAAGCUCGGGGCAGUAACAAAUCCUUUCUGGCGGCAGCUAAUGAAGAAAUUUUGGAAUCCAUAAGAGCCAAAAAGGGAGACAUUGAUAUUGUUAAAAGCCCAGAAGAAAUAGACAAGGACAAGAAUGAGACUGAAAAUAGUAACUCCAAAGAUGCUGAGAAAAGCAGAGAGGAGUUUGAAGACCAGAUUGUUGAAAAAGACAGUGAUGACAGACCACCAGAUGACGUCGAUCCUGAGCAAGGAAAAUCUGAGGAGCCAACAGAAGUUGGGGAUAAAGGUAACUCUGUGUCAGCAAAUCUUGGCGACAACACAACAAAUGCUUCUUCCGAAGAGACUGUUCCCUCUGAAGGGAGGAGUCCCAUGGGGUGUGUCUCAGAAACCCACGAUAGCAGCAACAUGGCAGAGAAGAAGGUGGCAUCUGAGCUCCCCCAGGACAUGCCAGAAGAACCUAGCAAGACAUGUGACAGCAAUAAGCCUAGUGCUACCACUGCCUCCAUCCAGCCUGAUCUGGAGCACGGUAACACCAGCAGUGAGCUAAACUCUUCCCAGAGUGAAUCUGCUAAGGCAGCUGAUGACCCUGAAAAUGGAGAAAGAGAAUCCCAUACACCUGUCUCUAUUCAAGAAGAGAUAGGUGAUUUCAAAUCAGAGAAGUCUAAUGGGGAAGUCAGUGAGUCUCCUGGAGGAGGAAGAGGAGCAUCUGGUUCAACUCGGAUUAUCACCAGGUUACGGAACCCAGACAGCAAACUGAGUCAGCUGAAGAGCCAACAGGUGGCCGCCGCAGCCCAUGAAGCAAAUAAAUUGUUUAAGGAGGGGAAAGAGGUACUGGUAGUUAACUCUCAAGGAGAAAUUUCACGGUUGAGCACCAAAAAGGAGGUGGUCAUGAAGGGAAACAUCAACAAUUAUUUUAAGUUGGGUCAAGAGGGGAAGUAUCGCGUCUACCACAAUCAGUACUCCACCAAUUCGUUUGCUUUGAAUAAGCAUCAGCACAGAGAAGACCACGAUAAGAGAAGACAUCUUGCACAUAAAUUCUGCCUGACUCCAGCUGGAGAGUUCAAAUGGAAUGGUUCUGUCCAUGGGUCCAAAGUUCUUACCAUAUCUACUCUGAGACUGACUAUCACCCAGUUGGAAAACAAUAUCCCUUCCUCCUUUCUUCAUCCCAAUUGGGCUUCGCACAGGGCAAAUUGGAUCAAGGCUGUUCAGAUGUGUAGCAAACCCAGAGAAUUUGCGUUGGCUUUAGCUAUUUUGGAGUGUGCGGUUAAGCCAGUUGUGAUGCUGCCAAUAUGGCGGGAAUCUUUAGGACAUACCAGGUUACAUAGAAUGACGUCAAUUGAAAGAGAAGAAAAGGAGAAAGUCAAAAAAAAGGAGAAAAAACAAGAAGAGGAAGAAACAAUGCAACAAGCUACAUGGGUAAAAUACACAUUUCCAGUUAAACAUCAGGUUUGGAAACAAAAAGGAGAGGAAUACCGAGUAACAGGAUAUGGUGGUUGGAGCUGGAUUAGUAAAACUCAUGUUUAUAGGUUUGUUCCCAAAUUGCCAGGCAAUACCAAUGUGCAUUACAGAAAGUCAGUAGAAGGAGUUAAAAAUAACAUGGAUGAAAAUAUGGAUGAAUCAGAUAGAAGGAAAAGUCCACGAAGUCCAAAAAAGAUAAAAACAGAACCAGAUUCUGAGAAAGGCGAGGUAAAAGACUCUGAUGCUGCAAAAGGAUCAGACCAAAGUGAAAUGGACAUUUCAAAGGUUACUGACAAGAAGGAUCAAGAUGUAAAAGAAGUUUUAGAUUCUGACAAUGAUAAAUCCUUUAAAGAAGAACCGAUGGAAAUAGAUGAUGAUGUGAAAACAGAGUCCCAUGUAAAUUGUCAGGAAAGCUCUCAAGUAGAUGUGGUCAAUGUCAGUGAGGGUUUUCAUCUAAGGACUAGUUAUAAAAAGAAAAUCAAAUCAUCCAAACUAGAUGGACUUCUGGAAAGGAGAAUUAAACAGUUUACACUGGAAGAAAAACAACGCCACGAAAAAAUGAAGUUGGAGGGUGGUAUUAAAGGUUCAGGAAAGACCCCUACAAGUUCUGUGAAAAGUCUGUCUGAGUCAUCAGUCAUAACGAAAGUAAAAGAAGGAUGUCAGAGUGACUUGCUUACACAAGAACAGAGCUCUAACACAAGUAACGAUAAAUCCGAAGACUCAAUUCGGGGAUAUUCACAGAGUGAUUCCUCAAUUCUUGGAAUCAGUGACCCUGAUCAUACAGCAAACAAACUUUAUUCAAAAGAUCAAAUGUUAGAGGAUGUCUCCAUUCAGAGCACAGAGACACACUGUCAAAAACAAAAUUCUCUUCAAAAUGACAUGGAUGAGGGUCUCUCUGACCCUGCCAGUGAAGGCCAGGAGCCCAGUAAGAUUAAAACAAAAGGAACUGAUUUUCUCAUUGAUGACUCUAAAUUAGCCAGCACAGAUGAAAUUGGCACUUUGAUCUAUAAGAACAGAAAACCAUUCAUACAGGAAGAUAAUGACACCACUGUGUGUCCCUCCCAGAGCCCUUUGCUUCCAUCAGUACCUAAAAGUACUGAUGAUAGAGAUAUCCCAUCUCUGUCAAAAGCAAUAGACUUUGAAGGAAAACUGGGAUGUGACUCUGAAUAUAAUAGCACUUUGGAAAAUAGUUCUGAUACUAUGUCUGUUCAGGACAGCAGUGAAGAAGAUAUGAUUGUUCAAAAUAGCAAUGAAAGUAUUUCUGAACAGUUAAUAACUCAAGAACAAGGUAGUGAAGGCUUUGAACCACUGAAACGUGAAUUUGUUUCAGAUAAGACUACUGGAAGCUGUGAUGACAGGCUGCAGGGUAAGGUAAAUGAUGCAAAUGGUAGAAAGCCAAGUCAAGAUCAGAAAUUAGAGGAGAGACCACUUAAUAAAUGUAUUGAUCAAAACAGUCUGAAAAGUGUCACUGAUAAAAAGAAUAAUGAAAACCGAGAGUCUGAAAAGAAAGGACAGAAAGCAAGUACCUUUCAAAUAAAUGGAAAAGAUAAUAAACCUAAAGUAUAUUUGAAAGGUGAAUGCUUGAGAGACAUCUCCGAGAGUAAAAUAGGAAGUGGUGACGUUGAACCAAAGGUUAAUAAUAUAAAUAAAAUUAUUCCUGAAAACGAUAUCAAGCCUUUGACUGUUAAAGAAUCUGCUGUAAAACCGUUCAUGAAUGGUGAUGUCAUCAUGGAAGAUUUUAAUGAAAAAAACAACUUGGAAACAAAAUCACGUCUACUGAGGUCUUCGGGUGCUGAAGGUGACUACCAUGAUAGCCUGGAGACACUGCCAUCAACCAAAGAGUCUGAGAGUGCCCAGGCCACCAUGCCUCUGCCGUCUUGUCCAGAAGGCAGUUCAUCCAAUCAGGUAGAAGAUAUGGAAAUUGACACCUCCAAAGUUAAGAAAGUUACUUCGUCCCCUAUUACUUCUGGAGAGGAAUCUAACCUCAGUAAUGAUUUUAUUGAUGAAAAUGGCCUGUCCACCAACAAAGAUGAAAAUGUCAAUGGAGAACCUAAAAGAAAAACAGUCAUCACAGAAGUCACCACCAUGACAUCCACAGUGGCCACAGAAUCAAAAACCGUGAUUAAGGUAGCAAAGGGUGAUAAGCAGACCGUGGUCUCUUCCACGGAAAACUGCGCCAAGUCGACCGUCACCACCACCACGACAACCGUGACCAAGCUCUCCACACCCUCUGCAGGCAGUGACGUGGACAUCAUCUCUGUGAAGGAGCAGAGCAGGACUGUGGUCACCACGACAGUGACCGACUCACUGACCACUGCAGGAGGCACUCUGGUAACGUCUAUGACCGUGAGCAAAGAAUAUUCCACCAGAGACAAAGUGAAACUCAUGAAGUUUUCAAGACCCAAGAAGACUCGUUCAGGUACAGCUCUGCCAUCAUACAGAAAGUUUAUCACCAAGAGCAGCAAGAAGAGCAUAUUUGUUUUGCCCAAUGAUGACCUAAAAAAAUUGGCCAGAAAAGGAGGAAUCCGAGAAGUCCCUUAUUUUAAUUACAAUGCAAAACCUGCCUUGGAUAUAUGGCCAUAUCCUUCUCCUAGACCAACCUUUGGUAUCACUUGGAGGUAUAGGCUUCAGACUGUGAAGUCCUUAGCUGGAGUGAGUCUCAUGUUGCGGUUACUGUGGGCAAGUCUGAGAUGGGAUGACAUGGCAGCUAAGGCUCCUCCGGGAGGAGGGACCACACGAACAGAAACAUCAGAAACUGAAAUCACAACGACAGAAAUAAUUAAGAGGCGAGAUGUUGGUCCUUAUGGCAUUCGAUCUGAAUAUUGUAUCAGGAAAAUCAUUUGCCCCAUUGGCGUUCCAGAAGCACCAAAAGAAACACCUACACCUCAGAGGAAAGGCCUUCGAUCAAGUGCGUUGCGGCCGAAGAGACCAGAAACGCCCAAGCAAACUGGCCCUGUUAUUAUCGAAACCUGGGUGGCAGAGGAAGAGCUGGAAUUAUGGGAGAUCAGGGCAUUUGCUGAAAGAGUGGAGAAAGAAAAGGCACAAGCAGUUGAGCAACAGGCUAAGAAACGAUUGGAACAGCAGAAGCCUACAGUGAUUGCAGCUUCUACUACUUCCCCAACAAACAGUACAACUAGUACCAUCUCUCCAGCACAGAAAGUCAUGGUGGCCCCCAUAAGUGGCUCGGUUACAACUGGAACUAAAAUGGUACUAACUACUAAAGUUGGAUCUCCCGCUACAGUAACAUUCCAGCAGAACAAGAACUUUCAUCAAACCUUUGCCACCUGGGUUAAGCAAGGCCAGUCAAAUUCAGGCGUUGUUCAAGUACAGCAGAAAGUCCUGGGUAUCAUUCCAUCGAGUACAGGUACAAGUCAGCAAACCUUUACUUCAUUCCAGCCCAGGACAGCAACAGUCACCAUUAGGCCCAAUACCUCAGGCUCUGGAGGAACCACAACUGCUUCCCAAGUCAUCACAGGGCCUCAGAUCCGCCCUGGUAUGACGGUGAUUAGAGCUCCACUCCAGCAGUCAACACUAGGAAAGGCAAUUAUUCGGACACCUGUGAUGGUACAGCCAGGUGCUCCUCAGCAGGUGGUGACACAGAUCAUCAGAGGGCAGCCUGUUUCCACUGCGAUCUCUGCCCCUAGUACUGUUUCCUCCACACCUGCACAGAAGGGGUUAACCUCAGGACCAUCCACCCCGAAUCUGCAGCCUUCAACCUCACAGCCGCCUCGUCCCCAGCAAGGACAGGUGAAACUGACCAUGGCUCAGCUCACUCAGUUAACACAGGGCCACGGUGGCAAUCAAGGUUUGACAGUAGUCAUUCAAGGACAAGGUCAGACUACUGGGCAGUUGCAGUUGAUACCUCAAGGGGUGACUAUACUUCCGGGCCCAGGACAGCAGCUGAUGCAGGCUGCGAUGCCAAACGGUACCGUCCAGCGGUUCCUCUUCACCCCGCUGGCAACCACAGCUGCCGCCGCCAGCAGCACCACCACCACCGUCUCCACUACGGCAGCAGGUACAAGUGAACAAAGACAGAGUAAAUUAUCGUCCCCGACACAGGUGCAGCCAGCCAAAAGCCUGCCUCCAGCUCCGUCGAGCGUGAGUCCUCCAGAAGCCCAGCCUCAGCCUGCGCAGCCCGCUCAGCCUCCAGCUCAGCCUCCAGCUCAGCCCCAGCCCCAAACCCAGCCCCCAGCCCCAGCUCAGCCUGAAACUCAGACUCAGCCUGAAGUUCAGACCCAAACAACUGUGGCCUCCCAUGUCCCUCCUGAAGCACAGCCCACCCAAGCACAGUCCUCCAAACCCCAGGUUGCAGGACAGUGUCCGCCUGAGAGUAAUGUCCAAGGACAGUCUCCUGCUCGCGUCCAGAGCCCACCACAGACUCGAGUACGUCCAUCGACGCCAUCCCAAGUGUCUCCCGGACAGCAGGCCCAGGGUCAGACUACAGCCUCCCAACCGAUUCCAAUCCAGCCACAUACAUCUCUUCCGACACCUUCCCAGGGCCAGCCACAGUCACAACCCCAGGUACAGUCUUCAACUCAAACUCUUUCACCAGGACAAGCGUUAAGUCAAGUUACUGUUCCGUCCCCGCCCCGUCCUCCGCUCCAAGCACCGCAGCCUCAGCCCCAGGUCCUGGCUGUGCCGCAGCUGCCGCCACAAGUCCAGGUUCUCUCCCAGAUCCAGUCACAGGUUGUGGCUCAGAUACAGGCUCAGCAAGGGGGUGUGCCCCAGCAGAUCAAACUCCAGUUGCCCGUUCAGAUUCAGCAAAGCAGCCCUGUGCAGACUCACCACAUUCAGAAUGUGGUUACAGUGCAGGCAGCCAGUGUGCAAGAGCAGUUGCAGAGGGUUCAGCAACUCAGGGAUCAGCAGCAAAAGAAGAAGCAGCAACAGAUAGAAAUUAAGCGGGAACACACCCUCCAAGCUUCUAAUCAAAGUGAAAUCAUUCAGAAACAGGUGGUGAUGAAGCAUAAUGCUGUAAUAGAACAUUUAAAACAGAAAAAGACCAUGACUCCAGCUGAAAGAGAAGAGAAUCAAAGAAUGAUUGUCUGUAACCAGGUGAUGAAGUAUAUUUUGGAUAAGAUAGAUAAAGAAGAAAAACAGGCAGCAAAAAAACGGAAGCGAGAAGAGAGUGUGGAACAGAAACGUAGCAAACAGAAUGCCAGCAAGCUCUCUGCACUGCUCUUCAAGCACAAAGAGCAACUCAAAGCUGAAAUACUGAAAAAGAGAGCACUGCUAGACAAAGAUCUACAAAUUGAAGUGCAGGAAGAGCUCAAGAGGGACCUGAAAAUUAAGAAGGAAAAAGACAUGGUGCAGGCCGCAGCAGUAGCUGCCACCUGCCCCGCGGCCCCACCUGCACCUCCGGCCCCUCCGCCUUCGCCUCCGCCUCCGCCUCCCCCCCAGCACCCGGGCCCCCUGGCCACGGCCACCCCCACGCUGCCCGUGGCUUCCCAGAAAAGGAAGCGGGAAGAGGAGAGAGACUCCAACUCCAAGUCCAAGAAGAAGAAAAUGAUCUCUACUACCUCAAAGGAAACUAAGAAGGACACAAAGCUUUAUUGUAUCUGUAAAACGCCUUACGAUGAAUCUAAAUUUUAUAUUGGCUGUGAUCGGUGUCAGAAUUGGUACCAUGGGCGCUGCGUUGGCAUCUUGCAAAGUGAGGCAGAGCUCAUUGACGAGUAUGUCUGUCCACAGUGCCAGUCAACAGAGGAUGCCAUGACAGUGCUCACGCCGCUCACAGAGAAAGAUUACGAGGGUCUGAAGAGGGUGCUGCGAUCUUUACAGGCCCAUAAGAUGGCCUGGCCUUUCCUUGAACCAGUGGAUCCUAACGACGCACCAGAUUAUUAUGGUGUUAUUAAGGAACCUAUGGACCUUGCCACCAUGGAAGAAAGAGUACAAAGAAGAUAUUAUGAGAAGCUGACGGAAUUUGUAGCAGAUAUGACCAAAAUUUUUGAUAAUUGUCGUUACUACAAUCCAAGUGACUCCCCUUUUUACCAGUGUGCAGAAGUUCUUGAAUCAUUCUUUGUACAGAAAUUGAAAGGAUUCAAGGCUAGCAGGUCUCAUAACAACAAACUGCAGUCUACAGCUUCUUAAAGUUCAGCGUGUUAACCUAACAUAAAACACAGCAAGAAUCUGGUUGUCUGAACUAUUUUAAAAUUAAGGAGCCAGAUGUUUUUAGUCAGGUUAUCCUGACAAGACUUGACCUAAACUUCGUUUUUAUUGGUCAUAACAGUCCAAUUAUAUUCUUGGCCAAUUUUGUCCAACGGACAAGGGAAAAGCAAAGUCAACGACACCAUUAUCUUGUCAAGAUCAAAUGGUUUUACUAUUGUGGCAGAAGCGGGAAAACUUUGUUUAUUGAAAAAAAAGAAAGCAAGAAAAAAAAAAAGAUAAUAUGGGGUCAAGUGUAACUCCAUGGAAAUGCCACGUCUGCUCUUCAGUGAAGAAGCUGGUUUAGAGUCUCACAGAAAACUUUCGACUGUAUUUAUUUAUUGUUGCAAAAAAGACGCUUUUUUAUUGCUGCCCUCAUUUGUCAGCUAAUUAUUUUUUCUUAUAAAAUCCAGCCCCGGUUACAUGUAAUCCAUUCUGUAUCUUAUCAUGAUUCCUGUAGGUAAAAGUACAAGACGACCUCUAGAUGUCUUUUCUUUCUAUGAAAGGAGCUGCUAUGUACACAUGUGCACACACACACACACACACACACACACACACACAACUGGGAAUCAACAAUGAGUUUAUUGUUCAUAGUAGAUAAAAAUUAAGCUUGCAUAAAGGUUGGGCUAAGUGGUCCUGGAUUACAGACUCUGUUGCCUUGAAUAUAACAGAACAAUUUGUCAUUUACUCUGCACCAGGCUAAAAUGAGUAAAAUCUAUUUGAAGGUAUCUUGUUUGUAAACAUUUGUCAGAUUCUAAUUUUUUUUUUCUUUUUGUAUUAAAAUUCAACUAUGGAUGUAUAUGAAACAAAAUAAAUGGAGAUCAUUUUUCUCCCACAGAUGGUGUCUUUGAAUGUGCGCUAAUGAUUCUCCGUAAGCCUUUGAGGGGAAAGGGAGGGCUGCAAGGUAGAAAAAUAAAAAGGCAGAAGGAUCUGAUUGUACCUGGAUUUCUCCAGGGCAGUAGUGCUCCUAAAUUUUACAGUUCCCAGCCCACUGUCAUCAUGUCAAAGAACAAUAUUCAGCGGUGCUAAUCCUGUUGCAUCAAUUAAUCAGACUGAUUUAAAAAAAAAAAAAAAAGAUAAUGUGACAGAAUACACGUUGCCUUCAUCUAUACGUUUUAUGAUACCAGGCAGAUUCCCCUUUACAGACUGCUACUUAUAUUUUAUGAAGGGCAUUUUUUUUUUAAUGACUUCAUCCUUUCUGUAUUUGUUGGUCGGUUGAGUUGUUUGGGGUUUUUUCCCACUUAAGAAAAAGUAGUGUAAGCAGUAGGGGAAAAUGGAAACCUCAGAGGAAGGUGUAGUUUGCAUGUUUUUCCUUUCAGUGUUUUAAUCUUAAACGUUGUAUUUCUACAUUGUCAUAAUCACUUCUAUGAGAUCUGCCAUAGUUGGUUUAUGCAGCUUUGCAAAAAUUUUACUAGAUUUUGCACUAAUUCCUAUUAGCUUUGUCUUACCAGGUUCUGAAAUUUUAUCUAAUUGUUGUUUUUUAAGUUUCCUCUGUUUAAUAUCACCCUGCUAUGCAAAACCUUCCCAGACCUUAGUUUCUUAAAAGAAAGACGUUACUGCAGUUCCAAAUUAUUUCUUAUUACAGGCUCAGGUGUACAAGUUAUUCUGGGUUAAUUUUAUCUAAUGAAGCCCAUUCCUUUUUGUACAUAAAAAUGUCACUUACAAACUAAAGAGACUAAUUGUUCAACAUUGAAAACAUGGAAACAAAGUUUUUGCUUAAAAUAUUAACAUGAAAGUAGUCAAACAUAGGUUAAAUUUUGUCCUUUUGCUUUUAAAAAAAAAAUGUUACAUAUUGUAUGCACUGUGCUGAUGCAAGAAUCCUACAUUUUAAUGAAUUAUGAAAUUAUUUUGCAUCUCAUCACAUCACAGUAUUUCUGUACUAUUUAUUCAUAUAUAUAGAUAUAUAUGGGCUUAAUCACUUAAAACGUUGCGUCAAGAACUUUCCUAUCUGUAGGCAAUAGAUUGCUAUGUUUUUAACAGAUUGUGGCAAAUUUAAACAGCAAUUCUUUUUGUACGUAAUAGGACAUUUCAUCCUAGAAAAAUAAAGUAAUGUUUUUGACGUUG